AGGGAAGUAUGGCAUGUCAAUGAAGUCAUGGGCUGACGCCAGAUAUAAAUACCGAGAGGCUGACCGCCCUGAACCAAGCCCAACAACAACACAUCAGUCAUCUUAUCACAGGACAGCCUAGACAUUGUCUGAUUAUUCCCCUGCUGCAUCAGCUGCUUGAAUCUUUCCCGCAUUCAACUCAAAUUCUUUCGCUUUUGCGCGACAGCAAUGAAAUCCUUCUCAGCUCUCAUCUUUACGGCAAGCAGCCUGGUCCUCGGCACCGUGGCGGCGCCAGCCCCCGAACCAGCUUCAGCUGGAGCAACUGUGUCCCCGUACAGCAUCAUUUGUGCAGGCUUUAACAGCGGCAGUCCAUUGUCGAUUGGCGAUAUCGAAUGGGCUCUCAAAAACAGAAGGGACGAGCUGGAUCUCAAGGCUGGUUGGUGGAAUCAACAGGCACUCACUUGCGUCAGUAAAGAUGGACGUAAUCUUCAGCAAUAUGCGGUCAAGUUCACCUACAACCAUGCGCGUAGCAAUCCUCAGGGUAUGACACAACUGGCGGAGGAUCGUGUACUUUGCACUGUUUCAAGCGACUGGAGACUUGCCUGUUCUCCAGUGUAGCUAUAUACAAGGGACAGGCCAUGAUAUUGGGCAGACGGAUGUGGAGCUUACCAUGAACUGUGAGGAGGCUAGGGCACAAUCCAAAUCGAUCUCGACAGCUGUGCAUUCACGAGCGUUUGCCGCGCCUAGAGCUUUCUCGGGAUAUCACUUUAGGCUUCCCAAGACUUUCAAGAUUUAACUUCUCAUGUUUAUAUUUAAAUAAAGUUGUCAGACCCGACAUAUCAUCAUCAAAAAACAAUUAGCUGGGGUGGAUCCUAGGACGUGCCAGUCCAACAACCUUUGAAGCUGACUGACUCCAGUUAAUAACCGAAGAUGGGAUAUCCGUGCAGGCCCGCCUCACUUUCAUGGGCAUAUAGACACU